CCAUCGCACAAUAUCACAUUUUUUUUGACGAAAAUGGCUGCCUCUCAGAUUUAAACCUCACUGCUACAGCAAAAAAUAUCCGCUAUAUAAACCAUUCGAAGAGCAAUCGGUUGUCGGAAAGCAUUUUGGAGGUUUCAAGGAUGUCGUAAUGCAGGCAUAAAUAAGACUAUGCUUUGGUUUCAAGGAUGGAAGAUAUAUCUGUUUCAUAUUUAACCCGUUGCAUUCCAUGAUCCUAUCUGCGUACCGUUGAGAAAAUGAUGCACCAAGUUGCCAACAACAACGACUACGGUCUGGGUGGUCUGUCUGAGGAGGGCCAGCACUCUGCUAGCCAUUUUGAACUGUGCAGCUCACAGACCAAACAGUUCUACCCCUCUGUCCCACCGCCCUCGACCGCCUUGCAAUUGCCCCUCAGCAACCUGCCCCCACUGCCCCAGAGCAUGCUCAAGCCCAUGUCAUGCCAAAUGCAGGACAACCCCAACGACUUCCACCCGCAGUCGGUGAGGAUGAGGAGCAGCAACGAGGCACCGGAGGGGUCCAAGAAGAAGAAGGGCCUGGGCAAGUCUGGCCGGCGGGGGAGGCCCUCGGGCACCACCAAGUCCGCAGGCUACCGCACGAGCACCGGGCGACCGCCAGGCACGACCAGGGCGGCCGGCUUCAAGACCAGCCCGGGGAGGCCACUCGGCACCACCAAAGCCGCGGGCUACAAGGUCAGCCCGGGACGCCCCCCUGGGAGUAUUAAGACACUGGCCCGGCUCAAUAAACUAGAGUACGGUACGAGCAACGGUGCACCUUUCCCCUACGCCAUGAUGCAGAAGAGAGCACUGAGCGACGCAGCUGUCAAAGAGAAAGACAAUAACGACCAGAGAUGCGCACAGGUCUUUGAGCUCGAGUCCGGGUCGAGUUUGAAGACCCUGAGCUCGAGUCCGAGUCAAGUGUCAAGCCUCUGAGAGAUGAGUCUGAGUUGAGUCUUAAAAGUGUUUGAUAACAAAGCCUGAGUUGAGUCUUGAAGUUUUUUUCUAUUUAUUCAGAACGAGGGAAGGAUAGAGGAGGAGGAGGAGGAGAGGUUAAGUGGGAGCACAUGUCCAAAGUGCUGGUGUUGAGAGUGUCUUUGAGAUACUUGUACAUCCAAAAUGUGCAGAGUCAGAAAGGACUGCUUUUUGAUACCUACACUAACACUAUGUAUGCCUCAUUGUAAUAUCAUUACGGUCCUUUUGUCUAUCCUUAUCCAAAGAACAUAACCAUGCCCUAUUAUCUCAACAUGUAUGUUAUAUUGCUGUACAAAUGUGCAUGAUGGUAGCCUUGUCAAACAAAUAACUCACUUUUUCAGAACAUGAUACUGGUAAGUAAUUUCGGUUCACUUGAUGUCACUCCAAAUGACUGAAAUGGGAUGGAUGCGUUCAUGCUAUUCUCCUUUUGUUAAGUCAGCCUACAGUAUGCCUGCAUACACUGUGCUGCCCCCACUGUUAUCCACACCCUAAGGUACAGGUGAUCCAGCCAUCAGCUUCUGCAAGUCACAAGUUGCAUUUGAAUGGAACAAUAAAACAUUGACAUAUAUUAAUCUCUUCUUUUGUGUGUUUGUGACAGGUGUUGUUUUGUGAUGUCCUUAUAUUACCCUAUGCUUUGUAUUGAUUUGUAUACAACCGUGGUUUGUUCUUAGUUGGGGAUUGAAGGAUUUUUUUUUUUUUUUUAAAGAUGCAAUUUUUAAAAUGAUGAACAUAUAUUGGUUUGAAAGCAAAGAUGGAUGUUGAACAAUGUUGUAUUUCCAAUAGUAUGUAAAUAUGAAUGUUUUGUCUAAGUUAUACUCUGUGAUUUGGUCUGUGCAGUGUACUUACAAUCUACUGUUGAUCAAACCCAGUAUGGCAAAUGUGUGACUUCACUUUUGGUUCAUUCUCUUUUUUAUCUUAUGAUCAAACUGCUAAAUGUGUCAUGACACAAAUACAUAUGAAUAGCCAAUAAUAAAUAUCACUCAAAUAAUCUAA